ACAUUUGUUAAGUCCGGGUGUUAUGUGGCAGCUGCCUGUCUGUUUGAAUUGUAAAGUCAAGAACAAUUUAGCUUCUUCAUUUGUCAUGUGGUGUUUGUAGCCUGCCUGUGCAAUCUUUUUGCAGCAGCUGAUGGGGGAUCCACUGUUUCUUCAGCUUCUUUGCAGAGGUGGCACUUGCUAUCUGUUGCUGCCUUGUCAAUUCCAGUUUUGUAUGCAUUUGUUCUUAAGGCUUAUUAUCAUUAUUGCAGAGGAAUUCUGGUAGUGGAAAUUCCAUAUCUUAAAGUUGAGGAACAUUGGUAUAAACUGUUCUGGUACAUUUGAUUUUUCUCAGGUGAAUACAUUGCUUAUUUUUCUAGGCUUAUUUCAUGCCAUUUGGGAUGGCUUAUGGACCUCAGAACAGUAAUAAGAUGGCAAAUUAUAACAACCUAAAUAUACUAACAUAAAUAACAUAGAAUAAUCCCAUCCAGAAAAGACUAAGGCAACUUCCAGAUGUCUGCUGAAACAGGUCUUUAUGGCUUUACAAAAGAUGUGCAGAGUCAAGGCCAGUCUGAUAUGGGACUAUUGCUCCAAAGAACUAAGAAUGGCUAAGAAUGUCCAGCUCUAUUUUCCUUACUGAUGAUGUUCUAUUAAGGGUCUAUCAACAUGGCAAGCCCUAUGGCUUCUUUGCUGCGGAGAUUUGAUAAUUCUUCUCGACUUCUUCUCUGCACGCUGAUGUCUGGACAGUGGGGGGCCAUGGCUGCCUAUCAAACCCUUCAACGGUCACUCUCUGUGGAAAAAGAAAGACAACAUUUCAAUUGGCAGAUCUUCACUGAGAAACUAUGCUCUCAAGAACCAGUGCUUGAAGAGCCCAACAAGACUCUUACCAUGAAACCAGUAUUGAUGCUGCUUCCAGUGUUGUGCCAAAGAAAUCUCUUUUCCUUGUUGCUUAUAGUACAAUCUACAGUGCCAAAGGAUUGCCUCAGCUGUCUGCUUCAGGCCUCUAGAAAAGAUCCCAAUCCAGAUUUAUGGGUACAGAGAUUAAGGGACUUGCUACAAGCAGGGAUGGAAGAGAGGAAUUUUUUGACCCCUGUAUUGCUAUCCAGCACAUGCCAACAGCAACUGAAACAUUUAUGCCAGAAGAUUAUGACCAAUGCUAAGAGCAAUGCUAAUUUAGAAAGAAAAUUAAACUGGUUUGCUAAAUUGGAAAAUCCUUGCUUGGUGCCAGCUGGAAACACUUUUCCGUCUGGGUCUCAGAUUAGGAAAAAAAGAAAAGCAUCUGAAGAAUCUCUGAAUCUUGAAGAGGAGACUCGGAGGAAGAGGUCCCAACAGGAAAUUAAUUUGGAUACAGAAUUUUCUCAACCACAGCCUGAACUGCAGGAUGUUGGAACAGAAAGCACUAAGAAUGAACUCGUGCUGGAUACUUUUGGAAAUGAAGAUGUUCACUGCCUAAACAGCGUCAAUCAGUUUUCUUUCAAAGAAGAUGAAGUAGAAAAGAGAAUUGUCGGCCAGAGUUCCAAGCAUGACACUGUAACAGAGAUUCCUAGUCAUAUGAAAAACCAUAUAUCAAAGCUUAAAGAAUUGCUAGAGAUGCAGUUUGAUUGUUCCAAUGGAACUGCACCUCCUGAGCUACAGAUUCUGAAUGAGUGUACUCCAGAUCAGCUAGAAGAUCUAUGUUCACUGCUCAAACUCUCAGAAUGCCCAGAGAAUGAGCUUCUGCAGUUCUGCUGCUGGAUAGUAGCACUUUCACCUGAACUUGGCUACAAGAAGGCAGCAAUACUUGCUGAAAAGCUUUUCUUACCUCGGGUUCUUUUGCUGAUUGAGACAGCUUCCUGGCCUCUCACAACUGCCCUGAUGAUGUUCUGCUCCAAAUAUCCUCGCCCAGUCUGUUGCACUUUAAUUUCUUCUAUUGUGCAAGUUCCAGGGCAAGGCCUUGAACAAUUGAGAUUGGUAUGCAAACUAAUUGAGGAGUGUUUGGAACCAGAAUGUGUGAGGCUGGUGUUCAGUCAUAUUAUAAAAGUGCCAUGGACAGAAGAGCUUCUCACAGUUGUGCAUUCUUUGCUAGAAAGACAGGUAGAAUUGUCUAAUGAGCUCUUCAAUGUGUUGGUCCUUAAUCUUUGUCAGAUGGCUCAAACGUUUGAAAGUUCAGUACAUUAUGCAAAACUGAUUCUGACCCUGUUGACCAAAUAUCAAAAUGAUAUCACACUGGGCCACCAGCACCAUUUAUCAUGUGCCCUGGACCUUAACAAAACCAUCUUAAAGAAAUCUCUCCAGGCUGCAUUAAAGAGAGUGACUUCCAGGUGAAAAAAUGUAAGGAGCCUUUCGUUCUCCUGCAGUGGCUAUGGAAUCAAAUAUGCCUUAAGACUUUGGGACAACUCUGGUUUUUUGUUUUUUUUAUCAAUUUGCUCAGUGCAACUCAUACUUAAGUUAAAAUUUAAGUAUGCUCAAGAUUCAAAAUAGUAUGUGCAUUGCCUUGGAUUGGUAUGAGUUUCCUUGAGGUAAGAUAUGCAGCGUAAUAUAUAUUUUAUAAAUAAAUAAAUAAAUAAAAUUUCAUGUGCA